ACAGCGACUCCCGAAAACCACCAUGCUUCGCCGCCUUUUCUUCCUGACUCUCUCGGCCGUGGUGGUCUUGACGGCCUCUGCUAAACAGGGGGAUGGCGUGGACCUCGACCCGAACGAGAAAUUGCGCGUAGGUGUCAAAUUCCGCCCGGACUCUUGCGACAUUAAGUCUAAGAAGGGUGACAUGUUGUCAAUGCAUUACACGGGGACCCUGUACAAGGAUGGGAGCAAGUUUGAUUCAAGCUUGGACCGCAACCAACCUUUCGAAUUCACGCUGGGGCAGGGCCAGGUUAUCAAGGGUUGGGACAAUGGCCUCUUGAACAUGUGCGUGGGCGAGAAACGUCGUUUGACGAUCCCGUCGUCUCUUGGGUACGGAGACCGUGGCGCGGGUGCCAAGAUCCCCGGCGGUGCCACCUUGGUCUUCGAAGUGGAGCUUCUGGGCAUCAACAACUCGGACAAGGGCAAAGAGUUCUAAACGCGCACGGCCAUCCAGACUAUGAGGUAGGGUCCGAUAGACCAGAGUCCGGUGUAGGAAUCUAUGCGGGGAUACUCAAGAGAAAAUUGUCAGCCGAAGAUGAGUAGGGGAAUAGAAAGAAGGGGUACCUGCAAAGGAUUCGGAUGGUCUCGAGGCACAAGUGCUUUCGCCCCGUCGAAGGACUUCAGCAGGCAGCGAGAUGAAGGGGUAACAGUUACAGAAAAAAAAUCAUGACCAAGACCGAA